AAAAUGGGUAAUGAUAGUGAUUCUGAUGUAAAUGAUAUUUUAAAUGAUCUUUUAGCUAAUGAUGAUGCAGAAGAAAAUUAUGAAUUAUCUCCAAAAAAAAAAGAAAGAACUUUGAAAGAACUGAAUUUCAAUUUCUUAGAUAUGCCUGAAUUAAAUAAUGAAAAUAUAUCUGAUAAUAUUCAAGAGAAAAGCGAAAUUUAUGAUGACACAAUUGAUUCUUCAGAUGAUGAAGACAGACGUUAUUUUGAAGAGCAAAAAUAUUCUGAUUAUGGACGUGAUAUAAAAUCUUUAUUAAAGAAAGAAGCUAUUAAUACAAAUGAAGGUAAAGCACGUGAGAUAGGCAAGAAAACAUUUGAGUUUAGUGCACCUAAACAUAAAAAUGUAAAUGUAGUAACUAAUAAUUCUGUUAACACGUCAAAAGAUAUUUAUUGUGAUGAAUUUUUUGGAUUGAGAAUUAUUAAUCCAAUAGUCUCAUCAGUGGAACUAAAAGCACGUAUGGCUGAUAAAAUACCAAUUACAAUAUCAAGAGUGAAAUAUCAUCUUAAUUCAGAAAAAAUAAAGAAAGAUUGGGUAAUUGCAGGAGUAUUAGUAAACAAAUCUGUACCAAAAACCUCUCAAAAAGGAACUUUCUAUUCUAUAUGGACAAUAAGUGAUUUAUCUGAAAAUAUGAAUACUGUGUGCCUUUUCAUGUUUAGCAAUGCAAAUAAAACGUUUUGGAAAACUACUAUUGGUACUGUGAUAGGUAUUCUUAAUCCAAAAGUUUUAGAGUCUAAAGACAAUAUUAGCUUAGCUACAUUAUCAAUUAAUAAUCCACAAAGGAUCAUGAUUCUUGGAAAAUCUAAAGAUAUGGGAAAGUGCAAAUCAAGAAAAAAGAAUGGAGAACAAUGUAACUCCAUUGUAAAUAUUAGUCGUUGUGAAUUUUGUUUAUAUCAUAUCAAGCAAGAAUACAAAAAAUGCUCUCAUAGAUCAGAAUUACAAGCAUUUAGUAAUACUCAAAAUUUUUCAAUAGAUAUGUUAAAAAAAAAAACACAGCAACAAACGAAAUUAGUUAUGAAUAAUAUGCCCGAAUUUCAUGCUAUUGUUGCUGUAAAAAAUAAGAAAUUAGAAGAAAAAGAUGCCAAACGGUUAGCAUUACUUUCAGGAAGCCAAAAAACUAGCAAUUUAAGUAGCACAAAUUUGGAUAAUGUAAAAAAUAUAGCUGAAAAAGUAGAAGUACCAGGAAAACAAAUGAAAAAAUGCUUUGAAGAAAUAACCAAGUCAAGAGGUUGGAAAGCUACUGUUUUGUCUAAAACAUUUUCAGAUGACAAUACAUCUUCUUCACCUACAUCAAAGAAGUUAAGUUCCUACAAGCAUGAUAAUAUAGGGAAAAAAGAUUUAGGCAUGUUAUCCUCUUUAUCUUCAAGUCCCCGCUUAGGUGUUGGUUGCCUUGGUGGAACAGUAGAUUUAUCAGAACCUAUAACUAAAAAACAAAUUAAUAUAGCUAAACAUAAUGCAGUUAAAUGGGUUAAGGAAAAUGGUAAAAUUAAACCUAAAAAUCCUAACAAAAUACAUUUAAGUAAAGAAGAAAAACUGAAGAAAGGGAAAAAACGAUCAAGAGAGUCAGAAUGUGAUGAAGAACAAAAAGUAAAGAAACCAAAUGUUUUAGGAGAUAAAUUUAAGGAAAUGAUGCAAACCAAAUCUGCUCAUACUGAUCUUAUUGAAAAGUCUUAUGAGCAGGAACAAAACAAGUAUUUCAAUAAGCUAGAAAUGAAAGAAAGAAUGGAAGAAAAAAUGUUAAGUACCUAUCAGGUUCCUUGUAAAGCUGUUAAGUGUUUAACAUGUAAAUAUACAUCAUUUUCUGCUUCUGAUAUGUGCAAAGAACAGAAGCAUCUAUUACGUAUUAUGGAUGCAGUAAAGAGAUUUUUCAAAUGUGGAGAUUGUGGAAAUAGAACAGUAAGUUUAAAUAGAAUACCUUCGCAUAGUUGUAUAAAAUGCAGCAGUUCAAAUUGGUCAAGAGCUGCAAUGAUGGAUGAAAGAAAAACAAAUAUUUCCGUCACUGCGUUAUCCAUAUGUGGAGAUGAGGAACCUUAUUUAGGAUCAAUGACUAAAGAUGCCAAUCUUAAUCUCUUGGUACCAGAAGAAGAUGACAAGUAA